AUGAGCGCUCGUGUCUGCGGGCAGGUUGCUGCGGCGCGCGCAUCUGCGGCUUCCAAAAAGAGCAUUCGAGUCUCACUUAUCAAUUCACUCCAUGCAUGUAUCCAACUUUUACGCUUUAGCAAAGAAUCAGUGCAAAAUGAACGACGCGAAAUCCGUGCAGCACCACCUGACCGCCGCAGCCGAAACCGGCGGCCGGCCUCGAAGUACUCAGGACAAGCUGAGCUGCACGGGCCCCUCGCCCGUGGUUCCGCUGUGGACGCAGGUGUUGCGGGCGCUGUCGCCUGUCCAGCUCCCUGGUCCCCGAAUUAUGUAUCUCCCACCAUCCGCGGCUCAUUUGUCACUGCCGGAUUUCCUCUGCGGCAGCCUCCUCCUCUAGGGGCCCCCGAAGGGGACGCCCGCCAGGGGGGAGGCCUUGAGGCCCUCGGGCAAAUCCUCGCAGACUGCACUCUCACGGCUACAACCGCGCAGUAUCAGAAAAUCCUGACAUUCGGCAGCUACGACAAAUAUGCCAAGCCCGAUCUGCUCGAGCUGUUGCUGUGCAUUACGCUAAUCGGUGUACGUCUCCUAGAGCCGAUACAGCUGGGAGAUUCCGCAGCAGGCCACUCUUCUGCCAGCCUGCUCUUUCGCGUCUUGCACAAGAUCUUCGCUCCUCUUUUUCUCUACUGCUUCGUUUCGCUCUGGCUGUGCCUCCCAAACGACGUCUCUCUACCCCUCCUAGUGGCAACAGCUGCUGCCUCCGCCUCCCUCCUUUCCCUUCCCGCACUCUCCCCAGACACUCUGAGCGCAUUUAUUUGUUGCUUCCUCUUCCCAUGCUACGCCUUCGUCUUCCCACUGUCGAUCGGCCCUCUCGUGAGCUCCCAGCUCCUCUUCUGCCUCCUUGUGGCGCUUCUGUGCCGUGGCAGUCACGGAAGUAUCUCCAUGAAGCGCCUGCUAAAAGACGGCGAAGUUUCAACGCUAAAGAAAGGGCAUUUGUUACCGUUUGCGCACCAUCGCUCAAUGCAGAUGAUCGUCACAUGUGUUGCGAUCCUUGGUGUUGACUUUCUCACGUUUCCACGGAAAUUUUGCAAGAGCGUCAACUCCGGAGUGACCCUUAUGGACUUGGGUGUUGGUGGCAUUAUCUUUACUUCUGGAAUGGUUUCGAGGCAUGCGAAGGGCAGCCGUGAGAGCAGUGAGUCUUUCUGGAGCGCUUUACGCCGAGCGGCGUUGCAGAGCGGCGCCUUGGGUAUCUUUGGGUUCGUUCGUCUCAUCGUCAUGGCGUCUACGAACCUCCAUGUUUCCGUUAGCGAAUACGGCGUUCACUGGAAUUUUUACAUGACUCUCAUGGUAGUUUUUGUCUUGGGGGAGGCCAUCUGCAUCUUGAGCGGUCACCCAUACAAAGCGGGUAUCUGGGGCUUCUGUCUGCUUCUCCUUUAUCAGUUCCUCGUGUCUGCUCUCGAUUUGGAUGAGUGGAUGAUGGAGGGCCCCCGCACCAACUUUUUUUCUGCAAACAGGGAGGGAAUCAUGGGUUCUCUAGGAUUUUUAUGCUUGUUCCUGAUGGCAGUGGCUGUCGGCCACUUUAUGGUAACGAGAGCUCCAAUCCGAAGCAGCGAGGAUUCUUCCAACCGCAAACUGAGGCCCCUGUCUCUUGUCAUACAUCUCUUCUUUGCGUCUUUCCUGGUGCUUUCCUUUGGAUUGCUGCUGCAAGAGGGCCUCUCCCUUCUGCCGCGGCGCCGCUUCGUUAAUCUCACGUGGGUUGCUUUUGUUGGAGGCAUUGAACUCUUCGCAGUAGGGAUUUCAACUGCGUGUGACGCACUCGCCGCUCGCGUCGGCCACCAAUGGGCCUUGCAGGGCACCAACAGCAAUCAGUUGAUUAUAUUUCUGUUAGCAAAUCUGUUCGUGGGCCUAGUAAACUUGUGUCUUCGUACCUUGCUUCUGCCGGCAAUCCUUGUGUGGUUGAUUAUGACUGCCUACAUGUCUAUUCUAUUCUUGUGCGCUCACCGCCUCGGGAUAGCGGGCAAGCGUAUCAAGCUAAUUUGA